CGCCGUCAGGUUCGCGCUGUGAUGAAUUGAAUAUAGGGAAGAAGAAGGAGGAGGAGGAGAAUCCAAUCCGGUUUGAGCAGGUUUUUGUUUCGGAGGAACAUUAACGUCUUCCUACACUGUGAUCGUACCUACUGUGUAUCUUUUACCGUGCUCAACUGAAAAGUGUUGCUGUUUUCAGCGUUAAAUCUGCGCGUUUUUACACCCUUGAUUUUUUUGCGCUUCUAACAACCCGCAGCCAUGCCUAAACGGAGCAAAGCGAAUAAUGAUGCAGAGGUCACUGAGCCUAAAAGAAGGUCGGAGAGACUGGUAAAUAAACCGGCACCCCCAAAGGCAGAGCCCAAGCCAAAGAAGGCAGCUGCCAAACCUAAGAAAACUAAGGAACCCAAGGAGUCCAAGGAAGAGGAGAAGAAAGAGGAGGUGCCCGCGGAAAACGGAGAAACAAAAGCUGACGAUGAGGGAUCGGCGACAGAAGACGGUGACAAGAAAGAAGACGGGGAAUAACUUUGCUGAAGUCUCAUCUUUUACCAGCACUCCCUGUACCUCUUUUCUUGUACAAUUCAGGGGAAUAUUUUUAUCUACUAUUUUCUAAAGGCAGGUUUUUUAGUAGUUUGAUUGUAGAGACACAUUUUUUAUGGAAGAAAAGAAACAUUUGGAGGUGAUCUCAUCGUAUCCAGCAUUUUUACAUUGGGCAGAAAAAAACUACCAUCAUCGUAAAUGUCAACAGGCUUUUUUACCACUCUUUCUCUCUCUUUUAAAGUAAGAGAUCGAGGGGCAGGUUGCGAGCAUGUCCUUUACAGACAGCUGGACAUCUUACUGAGCCUGUCCGAAUGACUAACAUUCCAUCGGCUCGAUAAGGGAUUUUAUUUUUUGUUUUUGUGUUUGGGGGGGGAGGGAUGGGCAAAUAACUCAUUGUUUAUUGUUUAUAAGGCGAAAGAUUACUUGUAGAACGUUUGUAAGCUGUGUUCCAUAUGUUAACUGCAGUUCUUCUUCAUCAUCAUCAUUUCUGCUAAAUAAACAUAUUCUCUAGUACUGGAGUUCAUGUCAAGCCUGUGCUUCGUGUGUAUUGAUUUUGUCUUUUCUGUGAUAGUACCGCAAUACGUUGUCAAACUGCUUUGGGGAAGAAAAAAAAGCUAUUUUUGGACUAAGUCCAAUGUGUGUUAUGGUACAAAUGGCAAACAUGGGAUUAUAAUCUCUGUUCUCAGCAAAGCCGGUUAUUUAACAUCCAGAGAAUUGGGGACAGAUACGUCAUUACAUGUAAAAUCUUUUCAGCUAUAAAGCAUUUCAACCAGCAGUAGCAAUAUUUUUGUGGGACUUAGAUAUCAAAUAUAAAUGUACAGUUUCUUUUGAUCAUUGUUCAUAGAUGUAUCUCUGUGUGUUAUGGUUCGAUAAAACAAGCCAAUAAAAAUCGGUUGUGAUA